GCGUCCGCCCGGAGUUGUCCCUCUCACUCUCGAUUGACACAAACACUUCUCCAGAAGGGGGGAAACCUAAGCAACAACAACAAUCAACAACGAGAUCUUCCUCCUUUCCUCCCUCCCUCCCUUCCCCCGCGGCCUGCCCCCGCCCCCUCCCCCAGGCCCACCGCAGGCUCCCAGGGCGUCCCGACCCGUUGCGCGAGGCCGACAGCUUAGAAUCCAAAGCUUCCCUACUCGUUUGGUUCUUCUCUUUUAUAAAAAGAGGAGGGGAAGUUCCGGUGACGGGCUGCCCUGCACACACACACACACACACACACACACCCGCCCUCACAUACCCCGACAAAAGCAGAUGCACUUUGACUUCUGACAGCUCUACCUCAAGCCCGAGAGAACUCAGCGGCGCUUUCCCUGCAAGCCGAGCUCGCCGCAUCGUCCUCUUCCUUCUCCGACUCCGUUUUAUUUAUUUAUUUCCGUUCCCGUCGCCGUUCUCGGUGACCUUCAUUCCUUCGCGGGCUCUGGGCAGAAGAGUCGCUUUCUCGCCCGCCUGAGACUCUUUCCUCGCCCCAGGAGCGGCGGCGGCGCUGCUGUGCCCCGGGGCCCCGGGACUGUCGGGCUGCACACUCCACCGAGGCGCCCCCCGCCCCCCAUCAGCCUCCUCCUUCUCUCUGAUUUUCCGGCGCGGGUUUCGGUUUGCACUGCCAAGUGUGUCUCCCCAGUUUGGAGGGGCUGGGGAGUUCCUGCCGGUCGUCUUGGUGAAUCAUCCCCUCGGCUCUACCUGCGCUUCUCUCUCCGGGCCUCACCCGACCAAACCAAAGACCAUGGUGCACUGUGCCGGCUGCAAAAGGCCCAUCCUGGACCGCUUCCUCUUGAACGUGCUGGACAGGGCCUGGCACGUCAAGUGCGUCCAGUGCUGUGAAUGUAAAUGCAACCUGACCGAGAAGUGCUUCUCCCGGGAAGGCAAGCUCUACUGCAAAAACGACUUCUUCCGGUGUUUUGGUACCAAAUGCGCAGGCUGCGCGCAGGGCAUCUCCCCUAGCGACCUGGUGCGGAGAGCCCGGAGCAAAGUGUUUCACCUGAACUGCUUCACCUGCAUGAUGUGUAACAAGCAGCUCUCCACCGGCGAGGAGCUCUACAUCAUCGAUGAGAACAAGUUCGUCUGCAAAGAGGAUUACCUAAGCAACAGCAGCGUCGCCAAAGAGAACAGCCUCCACUCGGCCACCACGGGCAGUGACCCCAGUUUGUCUCCGGACUCCCAAGACCCGUCGCAGGACGACGCCAAGGACUCGGAGAGCGCCAAUGUGUCGGACAAGGAAGGUGGCAGCAAUGAGAACGACGACCAGAACCUGGGGGCCAAGCGGAGAGGGCCGCGCACCACCAUCAAAGCCAAGCAGCUGGAGACGCUGAAGGCCGCCUUUGCCGCUACACCCAAGCCCACGCGCCACAUCCGCGAGCAGCUGGCUCAGGAGACUGGCCUCAACAUGCGUGUCAUUCAGGUCUGGUUCCAGAACCGACGGUCCAAGGAACGGAGGAUGAAGCAGCUAAGCGCGCUGGGCGCCCGGCGCCACGCCUUCUUCCGCAGUCCGCGCCGGAUGCGGCCGCUCGUGGACCGCCUGGAGCCGGGCGAGCUCAUCCCCAACGGGCCCUUCUUCUAUGGAGAUUACCAGAGCGAGUACUACGCUCCCGGAGGCAACUACGACUUCUUCCCGCAAGGCCCCCCGUCCUCGCAGGCUCAGACGCCAGUAGACAUGCCCUUCGUGCCGUCGUCCGGGCCUUCCGGGACACCCCUGGGUGGCCUGGAGCACCCGCUGCCCGGCCACCACCCGUCGAGCGAGGCUCAGCGGUUCACCGACAUCCUGGCGCAUCCUCCCGGGGACUCGCCCAGCCCCGAGCCCAGCCUGCCCGGGCCUCUCCACUCCAUGUCGGCCGAGGUCUUCGGGCCCAGCCCACCCUUCUCGUCGCUGUCGGUCAACGGCGGGGCGAGCUACGGAAACCACCUGUCUCACCCCCCCGAAAUGAACGAGGCGGCCGUGUGGUAGCGGAGUCGCGCACGAUCCGCGGAGUUCGUGGUUGUACAGAAACGAACCUUUAUUUAAGAAAAAAAAAAAAAAGAAA